AUGACCGCCGCCACCACCACGGCGACCCGGCGCCGCCGCGGCCGGGGGUGCUGCGGGCACGGCGCCGAGGCGGCGGACGACGACGAUGAGGUCGUGGUUGUUUCGCGGGCAGGCGCGGAGAAACAGGGGUGGGGUAGGCUGCCGCGGCUGUCGCGGUUCGAGGAGCUGCCGGACUAUCUCCGGGACAACGAGUUCAUCCGUGGCCAUUACCGCUGCGAGUGGUCCGUCCGCGACGCCCUCCGCAGCGUCUUCGCCUGGCACAACGAGACCCUCAAUGUCUGGACCCACCUGGGCGGCUUCUUUCUGUUCCUGGGGCUCGCCGUCGCCGGCGAUACGGAGUGGCCGGCCGCCGCUGCGGCUCCGUGGAUCAUGACGACGUCGGCCAGCGCGUCGUCGUGGGCGGCCAAGAACAGCUCGAGCUCGGCGAGCUAUAUUUCACCGGUGAUGGGUGGCGGCGAGCACGCUGUGGCGCGGUGGCCACGGACGGUGUUCCUAUGCGGCACCAUGACGUGCAUGUUGAUGAGCGCGGCGGCGCAUCUGCUAGCCUCCCAUUCACGCCACUUCAGCCAGCUCUUAUGGCAGCUCGACUACGCGGGCAUCGCCGUUAUGAUGGUCUCCUUCUACUUCCCGCCCAUCUACUACAUCUUCCUCGGCAGCGCCGCCGCGCAGGUCGCGUACCUCUCCGCCGUCACCCUUCUUGGCGUACUCAUCGUCGCCGCGCUCCUGGCCCCCGAACGAUCCUCGCCUCGAUUUCGGCACCUCCGGGCGGGGCUGUUCGCUUCCCUGGGCCUUUUAGGGGUCGUGCCGGCGCUGCACGCGCUCUGGCUCAACUGGGGACAACCGGAGUUCUACCUGGCGCUAUCUCUCGUGCUCGCCAUGGGGAUCCUGAAUGCAAUGGGCGCGGGGUUUUACGUCGCCAGAGUGCCGGAGAGGUGGUGCCCGGGGGCGUUCGACUGCGUUGGGCAUAGCCACCAGAUCUUCCACGUGUUGGUGCUCUUCGGUGCGCUUACACAGUAUGCGGCCACCGCCGUCUUCAUCGGCUGGCGCGAGGCCAUGGCUACCGCCGCCGGUGUGCCGUCGGCUUUGUUUUGA